AUGUCCAGCAGCUACAAACAGAAAAAGUUAAAGACAUUAGCUACGCGCAAGAAGACGCGCAAACGCCGUAUGGACAAUGGCAUGACAUUCGAAGACGAUUCAGGUCGGAUGUUUCAGCCGCCGAGCACACGUGAUCCACGGUGGAAGAAGCCGUCAAUGGAUGAUGUGGUGUCUAGCAUUUCCAAGACUAAAAGGCAGAAGAAAAACGAUAAGAAACGACGUAAACUCGCUCUUGACCAAGGACAAGGUGAAGACGAUAAUAACAAAGUUUUCCAGCGUGACUCGGCCCCCAAUGAUGAAGAAGAGGAAUAUAACAAUGUGGAUAGUGAUAGUGAAAAUUAUGCACAUGUGGUGCCGAAGACAUUACUGCAACUGUGUAAGUCGCUGGAUGACGUGGUGGAGAAAGCUGCAGCAUUGCAUGCAGAGAUCCGCCGUAAAGAUGGUCGACAGAAGACCAAAGUGCUGCUUCUCGUCGACUGUCGGUCAAUUUUUAAGCUGAUGAAGAAGAAAAUGCACAUUCGACCUGAAAUGGUGAAGCCCAAGAGCAAACGUGGUGUCGGCUCUGCUAAGAAGCCAGACAUGGUCUACAAGAAUACUGGACUGGUGAAAACGCCGCUGGAUCGCUUCAAGGACGUCAACAAGACUGUUCUCACGGGCUACAAGAGUGGCAAGUUGUCGUCUAUCCUCGCGGAAGAUCUGUCCUUCUAUCCGUACACUGAUCUUAAAGUGCAGCAUGUGAUUUUUGUGGCUAAGGAGGCAGCAUCGGCUAUAAACUUGGACCAUAAUUUGCUGCAAAAUGUCAAGCUGCACUUGUUUGUCGUCGACAAUAAGAGCGCAACGGGAUUAUCGAAAGAUGACGUCAAGGCUCUAACAGAAAAGUAUGAAGUCACGAGCGCGUAA